CAGCCGCCGCUCCACCGCUACCGCAGCCACAACACGCAGUUGCACCACCUUUUCGUCCCUUUGACGCGGAACUGGAAAGCUGGACGGAGUGGUCACGCCAAUUUGGAUUCCAUCUCGCCGCCUACAGAAUUCAAGGUGCGCCAUGAUAAAGCUGGUGCUGGUGGUGAACGCGGCCGGGAAGGUGCGGCUGAGCAAGUUCUACGACCCGCGGCCGGCCGAGCCCCAGUCGCAGCAGCGGCUCACCCGCGGCCUGCACUCGCGCCUCGCCGCGCGCCAGAAGCACAACUGCAGCUUCUUCGACGUCAGCGACCUGCUGGGCCCCGACUCCACGGCCGUCUACCGCCGCUACGCAGACCUGUUCGUCGUCUUCGUGGCCGACGGCGCCGAGUCGCCGCUCGCCACGGUGGACCUCAUCCAGGAGUUCGUGGACGCCGUCGACCGCUGCUUCGGCCUGGCGUGUGAGCUGGACUUCGUGUACCACGCGGACCAGGUGCACCACAUCCUCAACGAGGUGCUGCAGGGCGGCCUGGUGUUGACCGUAAACUCGGCAGAGAUCGCCGGGCACGCGCUGGAGCAGCAGGCCGCAGAGGACCGCCAGACGAGGCCGCUGAGGGCGGCGGCCGCCCAGGUGCUCAGCUCCAUACAGGAGUUCCACGUCUUCCACAGUACGUGACCCCAGAAGCCGACCGCUCCAUCCAUUGGUUUGUCUUCCAGUGUCUGAUCCCAAAACCCUGCAGCAGCCAUCGAGGACUGCAUAAUCGGGCCUCUGAGGGUGGCCACUGUCCAGGUGCUCAGUUCCAUACAGGAAUUCCAUGUCUUCCACGGUGUGUGACCCCCCAGAAACAAACAGCUUCAUGCAGCCGAUCGUCUUCCAGUGUCUCUGUAUAAGGCUGUAUAAGGCUGACAAGGACUGCCAGGUCAGGUUGCUGAUGGCAGAGUAGUUCAGUCUUCCCCAGUGUGUGACCUCAGAAUCCACCAGCUGAGUGCAGGGGUUCAAAGUCUUUCACCGUUUCUGGACCCUGUAACCUCCCCACAGAAAAUUCUAAUGGUAAUACUUAAUAGAAAUGGAGCCACAGCUAAGUGUGACCUUCGCACAGAAAAUCUAAAAAGACAUUACUUAAUGGAAAUGGUGUAACCUCCCCACGGAAUUAUUUUAAAUGACAAUAGUUAAUGGAAAUGGAGCUAAGCGUAACCUUCCCGCAAAAUUAUUAAUGACAAAGACAAUUAAAUGAAAGCUCGCUAUCUGACUCAAGUACAAGUUCCCAUUAAAUAAUGAACGCUAAUCCCAUGAUAAUGAAACUGUAAUGAUAACCUAAACUCAAUUCAACCGAAAAAUCGGUGUUUGCCCUGUGCGAAACGAGAAUAAAUUUCUUACCUUAGUGAAACUGCAUGUCAAAAUUCUGCUCUUAUUGUUCUCUGGCGCUUGCAUGAAAAGCAUUGGAAGUACCUUUAAAAAAUCUUUGUUAAAAGGA